AGUUUCAAUUUUUUAUUUUAUUUUAUUUUUUCAUCAUGCUUUCUAAUAUUUCAAAAGCUACAAUUAAAUCAAAUCGUAUUCUCUCUCGUGCCUUUAUUUCUACUUGGAACUCUGUUCCUCAAGGUCCUCCCGAUGCUAUUUUAGGUGUCACUGAGGCCUUUAAGCGAGACAGUUCUCCUAAUAAAAUGAACUUGGGUGUUGGUGCAUAUCGUGAUGAUGAUGGAAAACCUUUUGUUUUAUCUUCUGUUAAAAAGGCUGAAAAAGUGAUGAUGGAAAAUAAUUUGGAUAAGGAAUAUGCUGGUAUUACAGGUUCACCUAGUUUUACCAAGGCUGCUGGUGCUCUUGCUUAUGGUGACAGUAAUCCAGUUAUUACUGAAAAUAGACUUGCUAUUACACAAUCUAUUUCGGGUACUGGCGCACUUCGUAUUGGUGGUGAAUUCUUAAAUGCUUGGUACCCCCAUGCAAAGAAUAUUAUUGUCCCUAAUCCUACUUGGGGUAAUCAUAUUCCUAUUAUGAAGAAUUCAGGUCUUCAGUUGGAGAAGUAUACUUACUUUGAUAAAAACACAAAUGGUCUUAAUAUUAAUGGCAUGUUGGAAGAUCUUCAUAAAGCACCAAAGCAUACAGUUGUGUUACUUCAUGCUUGUGCUCAUAACCCUACUGGUGUUGAUCCUACUCAAGAACAAUGGAAUCAAAUCUCUAAAGUUAUCAAGGAGCGUGAACAUUUCCCUUUCUUUGAUAUGGCUUAUCAAGGUUUUGCUUCUGGUGAUUGUACUCGCGAUGCCUAUGCUCUUCGUAAAUUUGUUGAGGAAGGACAUCAAGUCAUUUUGGCCCAAUCCUUUGCCAAAAAUAUGGGUCUUUAUGGUGAACGUGUUGGAUCCUUCUCAGUUGUUUGUGCAGAUGCAGAAGAGAGGGCACGUGUUGAGAGUCAGUUAAAGAUCAUCAUUCGACCCAUGUAUUCUAAUCCUCCUAUUCAUGGUGCUCACAUUGUUAGCACAGUUUUGAAUACACCUGAAUUAAAGAAUGAAUGGUUAAGUGAAGUAAAAUUAAUGGCAGAUCGUAUCAUUACAAUGAGACUUAAACUUCGAGAACAUCUUGAAAAGGACUUUGGAUCAAAGAAGGACUGGAGUCAUAUUACAAAUCAAAUUGGUAUGUUUUGUUACUCUGGUAUGUCACCUGAACAAGUCAAUAAGAUCAAGUCUGAUUGGCAUGUUUACUUGACUCAAGAUGGUAGAAUCUCAAUGGCUGGUAUGUCUUCUGCUAAUGUUAAAUACCUUGCUGAAGCUAUUCAUAAUGUUACAAAAGAUUAAAAGAAAAAAAAAGGGAAGGGAAGGGAUAUCUGAUGUAUUAAUCAUUAUCAUUUACUAUUAUUAAAUGCUAAUAGUGUCAUAAAAAAAUGACAGCGGAUUAAUAUAUGAUAUAUCUAAAAUUUCGCAUGAUUUUCUUAUUUUUUUUUUUUGUUUCUCCUUUCUCCAUCAUGUUAAUCAUUGAUUGGUUAUUCCCACGCUCCAAGACAUAAGCUUAUUAGAUAAUAUUUUAUUAUCAAACAUCUACUUUUAUUUUCAAGCCCUUUAGCCAAUUUUUUUUUAAUAUGUGCAGGUGUUAUAAUAAUAUACUGGAUAAUUACUGUUGUUGUUGUUGUUGUUGUUGUUGUUUUUUAGGGGAACCUAUUGAAGGGUAAAUGUAAAUAAGAGAGUACAUACUGUAAGGGAAAUGAUUAU